CUAUACAAGAGUAUCAUGCGGGCUUCAGAUAUGGACCAAAGCGACAAUGGGGUGGCCACCGAACAAAGACCGCAUUACGAUGACAACAACUCUUUCGAUAUGGAAGUCGAAAAUCAGAACUGUGAGGAUUCCCAAGAAAAACCCAAUGGUGAAAUGCAAAUGAAGGAGAAGGAAAAUAAAGAUGAUAAGGACGAUCGGGUAGAUCGUGACAAGGAUCGUAGAAAUAGUGACAAGGAUAGAGAUGAUCGGGAUAGAGACCGCAAAGAUGGUGACAAAGAUCGCAGAGAUAGUGACAAGGAUCGUGAUGAUCGUGACAAGGAUCGCAGAAGCAUUGACAAAGACCGUGAAGAUCGUGACAGACAUCGAGAUAGGGAUAGGGAUCGCGAUCGCGACCGAGACCGCGACAGGAAGAAGCACAGGAAAAGUCGUAGUCGCAGUCGUAGCAGAGAUCGUGAUCGUCGUCGAUCGCGCGAUAAGGACAGUCAUCAUCAUCACCGAGAUCAUUCGUCGCAUCAAGAGCCGAAGAAGAAGUACAAGUUUUGGGACAUACCUCCGGUUGGCUUCGAGCAUCUCACACCUAAAGAGUACAAGGCUCAGCAAGCCGCAGGAGCAAUUCCACGAUCGAACAUGCAAGCUGCUGUGCCAGUGGUAGGUCCGUCGGUCACAUGCCAGUCUCGCCGUCUCUAUGUGGGCAACAUUCCUUUCGGAUGCAACGAAGAGGCCAUGCUUGAUUUCUUCAACCAGCAGAUGCAUCUUUGCGGUCUUGCGCAAGCUCCUGGGAAUCCUGUGCUUGCUUGCCAAAUCAACCUAGACAAGAACUUUGCUUUCAUCGAAUUUCGAUCCAUUGAUGAAACAACUGCGGGCAUGGCGUUUGAUGGCAUCAAUUUCAUGGGUCAGCAGCUCAAGAUUCGUCGUCCUCGUGAUUAUCAGCCAAUCAGCGCAAGCUUCGAUAUGGCUUCCAGAAUGCCUGUGUCUAACAUUGUCGUCGAUUCCCCCAACAAAAUCUUCAUUGGCGGUCUACCGAAUUAUCUUAAUGAGGAGCAGGUCAAGGAACUGCUGUGCUCAUUUGGUCAGCUAAAGGCUUUCAAUCUUGUUCUUGACUCCAAUGGAGUCUCGAAGGGAUUUGCCUUUGCUGAAUAUCUGGACACCACUCUUACUGAUCAGGCUAUUGCUGGCUUAAACGGAAUGCAGCUUGGAGACAAGCAGCUCGUCGUGCAAUUGGCUUGUGCCAAUGCUCGUAACGCACAACCUAUGCCACAUAGUGCCACUUCUAUUGCUGGUAUUGAUCUUUCGCAAGGAGCUGGCAUGCCAACCGAAGUGCUCUGUUUGAUGAACAUGGUAGUAGAAGAAGAGCUGAAGGAUGAUGAGGAAUACGAAGAUAUUUUGGAAGAUAUCCGGGAAGAAUGCUCGAAGUACGGUAUUGUACGGUCACUAGAAGUUCCUAGACCUAUAGCGGGAGUGGAAGUAUCAGGAAUUGGGAAGGUUUUUGUCGAGUUCGCAACAUGUGCAGAUUGCCAGAAGGCCCAGGCAGCACUUACUGGUCGAAAGUUUGCUAAUCGAACUGUUGUGACAUCCUAUUACGACGUGGAUAGAUACCAUCAAAGACAAUUUUAAUUUGUAUGCUUUUACUGCUUAUGUGAGAUGUCGCAAGAAACGAUAGCAAGAUUGAAUCUGACAGUAUCGCAUCUAGCAAAUGUAAUAUACUUUACAAAUAACUUGAUUGUGUUUGUAAUGUGUUGAGGCUGUAAUUCAAAAACUGAUCUUUGGUGUUUACUGUGAAUGUUCUUCGCGGUGUUAUACCUUUCCGGCUAAACGCUUGUCUCUGAGGUCGAAGUUUAUGGUGUUUCUUAGCCGUUGUGAAGAAAUAAAGAUGUGGAUUUGCGAG